AUGAGUUUCACCGGGAGGGUGGAGCCCCUUGAGCUGGACGUCGACAGGUGUGUCGCACUCCAUAACCACAUCCUCAGCAUUGCGCUCGCCGCGCCCGAAAACUCGCACAUCCACGUGCAGCAGAACUAUUUCGAAUACUGGACGGCGCACGAGGUCGCGCAUAACGGCAGCACGGAAUCCAUAGAACGUACCCGCGAGUCCCUCGAAGGCGAUCCCAUACUCGAAUUUCUAGAGCGAAUCAACGUUGUCGACUGGGGCCAAUUAUCUUUGACACCGCACAUUCGCGGGCUCCCGGAACCUGGACGGCUCCUGCACCUAUGCGAAGGGUUCUAUCCUUUCGACUACGGCAAGGCCAUUAAGUUGUAUAGUCACCAUGAUACUGUCUCCGAGCUUGAGCCUGGCCUUUUCUUCGACGCGGAGACGAACACGUGCACCUUCACAGAGGCUAUGUUUAUGCCAACGCCGGAGGACGAGAAUGUGUGGGUGCCACUUGAUCACGCAUUCCAACGAUGGGUAGACCUGAUCGAGGAGGGGAAGUACAUUGUGAGUCCGGAAGAGAAGGGCGACGAGUGUGAGCCCACGGGGUGGAAGUUCGCCGACGACGCUGUGCUACGGAUUGAAGAGACGCUGAAAGAAUGGAAGAACUAUAUCGAGCUGGUUGCAAGCAAGAUCCCUGGGCACAGGGCAUCGCCAUCCAGCGAGCCGCUGAUUAAACAGGAAACCUUGGACUGCUAUCGUAUUGAAGGCUUUGUGGGCGCAUUCCUCGGUCAAGCCCGCAAGCCGGACUUUGAAUUCGUGGCACCAGGUUUGACCAUCCCAUCUGAGGAUUUCAUGACUGAGAUUGGUCCCAAAACUCGUCAAGACCUUGAGGGGUUCGAAGACAGUGGCAAAUACGAUGUCGAGCUGAUGCUCUUUCCGCUGCACUCGGAUCAUCACCUUGGUCUCAGUCUGCUGCGAUUCUUCAGCGACUACCAGGACAGCGCAGCGUUAAUCUGGCCUAUGGAUCCCGAUGAAAAGCAAAGAAUGACAUGGGCGCCUGCGGAAAAGUUCUUUGGACGGUGGGGACCAGAGUUUCAGCAUGGGCCCUGUCCGUAUCUGCCUCGACAUCAAGCAAGGCUGGGGGCGAUCUUGAGACAUUGGCAGAGGCUGGUGCAGGAUGGCAUGUGGGAAGUUGAUGGAAAUGGAAUCAGCACUAGCUAUGAGAGGUUGAAGAGUCCCGAAUUGCGAGAAAAGCUGCUCCUGCCAACGCUUUGUGAGUAG